ACAUAUUUCACUACAACAGCGCAGACAGCACACCGUAGCAGGACUUCGGUAACCCAGCAAACCCUAGGCAAUGGCAUCUUACUAUACCUUCGAGGACCUGUCAGGAGGAUCGCCAAGCGUGAAUCAGACCGAUAAUCCUUAUCACGACCUGAUAGAGUCAUGCAAGAACGAUCAAGCUGAAAUUCAACGCCGCUAUGACAAUCACCGAAGCAAUCGCACGGCUCAGCAGAAAGAAAAGCUGCUCGCUGACGACUUCCCCGGCGUCACUGUCGAUGAUAUCCUCGCGAAGCUGGAAGAUCCCCAACAGCACCAGGGCUACCAAGAUCCUCGACAUUGUCUUGUGUUUUGGGCUCGUCCCACCGAGAACGUGAAAGCAGUGGUGGCAGAGCUUCAAGAGGAGCUAAAGACAGUCGCUCCGAAUCUCUGGCUGAUGCCGCAGACGAGUCUACACAUGACAGCACUCGAGGUGACGCACUCCCUGACGGAACCAGAAAUCGAUGCGCUGGUUGAGCAGAUCCGACCACAUGCGGAGGCCAUCACAGACUAUACUUUCAAUCACAGAUGCAGGCUGGUCAAGCCCAUGGUGAGCUUCGAUGCUCAGGCACUUGCUCUGUCAUGGCUUCCUGCUGCAAGUGAGCCAUCAAAAGAACUUCCACGAGAAGGCCAGAACGACAGCUAUACCUAUCACCACCUUCGUCGAGAUUUGUUCAAUCUAGUCUCAGCCUCUGGCGUCAAAAUUGCGAGCAGAUAUGUGAUCCCUUCAGCACACUUGACGAUUGGUCGCUUCAUCGAUAAAUCGGAUUUCCAGACUUCAGAUGGAAACGUAGAUCCAAUCAAAGUGGCUACCUUGGUGAGCAAGAUCGAGAAUAUCAACACAUGGCUGAGGAAGACCUUCUGGCCAAAGCCAGGCCAGAAUACCAGAGACAGAGGCAGUGAAUGGGUCGUUGGUGAGGAAAAGGGGCUGGAUUUCAGGAAAGGAACAUUAUGGUAUGGUGGGGGAGAGACAAUCAGGCUUGGAAAGGGAUUCGAGGUGUGAAGAAGACGAUGCGAUAAACACGCGGCAACCGAAUCAAUCCGCUCCCUUUACCAAAAUCCUAGCAGAACCAAUGAACCAAAUUCAAGAAACCUCGUCCUUCUCCGCCUCCUCCAAAGCCCGAUGGCGAUACGCAGAUUACUUCCAAUUCAUCGCAAAACCCUUCCAACCCCAGCCCGGCUGCGUUGUAUUGGUUCCACUUUCGCAGCCCGCGAGUGAACGGACAACACUAUGAAUACUUCC